CAGUAGCUGUAAGCCGGGCGUGUAAGCUGGAGGAACAAACUGAUCGUCAAAGUAUUGGAUGCGGAAAGAGCGCUGAGAAGUGAAGGAGCUUAAUCUGAUCUCCAGCAGGAGUCGCCAUAGUAACCAUGACUGAUAAGCCCAUUCCAAGAAGGCCGCCUCCUCCAGUGCCUAAACCGGGUAGUGUCAAGGUUGUUCGCACACUCUACAACUACACUGCUCAGCAACCCGAUGAGUUGUCAUUUGAGGAGGGUGACACUCUGUAUAUCAUUGACCAGUCAAACGAAAGCUGGUGGAAAGCCAAGAAAGGGAACAAGACAGGACUGGUUCCUAGUAAUUACAUAGAAACGAACACAGAGUCAAUAGAUCACCCUCUACACGAGGCAGCCAAGCGUGGUAACUUGGCCUUCAUGCAAGAAUGCAUCAAUAACCGAGUGUCUGUCAAUAGUUUGGACAAGGCGUCCUCAACACCGCUGCACUGGGCUGCACAUGGUGGCCACAUUGAGUGCCUGGAUACACUGCUAUCUGUGCCAAACUGUGAGGUGAACGUACAGAACAAGCUCGGAGACACACCUCUUCAUUCAGCUGCAUGGAGAGGUCAUUCAGAUGCCGUGGUGUCUCUACUACAGAAGGGUGCCGACCCAACCAUCAGGAACAGUGAGGGCAAACAACCGUAUGAUCUUGCCAAAAAUCCUGAGUGUGCGGCUGCCUUGAAGCAGGCCACCGCCCCCCGCACCUACAGUAAUGACUAUGGGGACGAAGAAGAUUCUGACUGAAAGCCAUGGCUAGCUCAUCAGUAGCUGCUAAACAGAUACACCAACCAAGAACAACUAUGCAAUAUUAUUCCCAGUAUCAAGAUUGUUUCCUAUAAUCCGUGGAGAGAUGUGUUGUUUUUUCUCUCACUUCUUCAGCUUUGUAAUAAAUAAUGUCCCUGCUAAGGAGAUUAAUAAAAUCAGGAAUUAUAACAUAAUAUUUCCAUAAAUUCUUAAAUUUCACAAAAGCUAUUUUUCCUCUUCCCUCUGACAAACCACUGAUAGCAUAAAUUAUAUUGUAGACAUGUUACUAGUUUGCUAUGCUUGUAAUGCUACGACAUAAUAACCAUCAAACCCAUGAGUUAGUGAGGCAGCACUAUAUACUUCACAACUUGGGGACUAUCUUCAGUUGAAGUUACACAAAUGAAAUUGUACAGGCUUUUAUAACUAACAUUUGAAGGAAGUAUAUAUCAGAACCAUUUUUAAUUUAUUUUUAGUUUUUUGUGACCUUGCUUACAACAACAGGGAAUGUGCAGAAGGGGAUAAUUGUUAAUUCUCUGAAUUUGGAAAGGUUCUGUUUCAAAGGGCCGAUCCCAAAGGGUAUUUUACCUGAAAUAUUAGUGAGAGGGUCACAAGAAACAAAUUAAUUAACACUGGCCUUUAAAGCGAUACAUUUUUCUGUUGUGGGUCUGGUGACAAUGACUUGAGUUUUUCACUCUGGAAUGGAUAUCACUCUGCUCCAUUACAUAUCUGUCUCUGAAGUGUUAAAUACUGCAGGUAGUAACACAAUAGAUAUCACAGCCACACAUUCAUUACAUUCCCUAGAGGGCUUUGGUCAGCAGGGUCCAUCCUCUAUAGUGUAAUGUAUUAAACUAUACAUGUACCACAAUCACCUUAGUUGAUAUCUCUCAUUCAUUUUUAACUAUGCAUCUUUUUCUGAAAUAUGAAUUCACUGCACACAUCAUUUGUGAUGUCCGUAGCCAUGCUAGCAGUAUUAAACAACAGGAUCAGAUUUUGUAUGUCAGACAGGCCUUACAUAAAGAAUCUCACAACAACCAGAUUUGUUGGUGUUUCGUCAGCUUGAAAGCAUUUCGUUUUCUUUUCCUACACAUAUUUAGUUCUGGGGCCGCUUGCACGAAGUGAUUGUAGCCUAAGUUCACUGUAACUAACAUGGCAAAAUAUGCCUUUAACAUGUGUCGCCAUGGUAGCUGCAAUCAACUUAUGAUCACUUUGUGCAAGUGGCUCCUGAUAUAUAGACUGCAAGAAGAGAAAUGAUGAUGUGUUUACAAUCCUGUAAAAGUUGAAGGAAUGUUGUAAGCUAUGUGUAGUAUUUAGCUCAGAUACACUGUAGGAGUGAUUGUUACAGCAGUCUGUUAAAACAGAUUUUACCUGUACUUGAUGGACUUUGUAAAGGGAGAAAAAAUGCAGGGCCCUGGACAUUGUUGCUGAUGCAUAAGUUAACAGAUAGACAUGUAUAUUUUUGGAAAAGGUUUUUAAUGUUGUCAUGCAGUCCUAAAAGGUUCUCAAGAAAAAUUGUGAUCUUAUAUCUCAGACAUUUAAACAAAUUUAUAAUUAGAUUCUUCAAUAAUGCUUUGUGGUGUUACUUGGAAUUAAGGGAUGAAUGGGUUAGAGUUACAGCUUGGUUUGUUUAUUAAUUCAAACAGAGCACUAAAUCAAUUAAAUUCCUCUGAAGUUUUGGCAGUAUUCCAUGUUUAUGUAGCUUUAAGCUCCACUGGGUCCACCCACUCUGGCCUGUCUUUUUGGAUGGAGGGUUUUGCUUAUAAAUACAUGUAUGUAUUUCAUAGUAUGUAUGUACAGUUGAGUUCUAUGAUAAAGUAUAUAUCAUAACAUCAUAUAUUCUUCCAUGUUUGCUAAAAUUUUUAUAUUCAUGUACCUCAGCUUAGAUCUAAUACAUAUAUAUUCAGCCAUGUUUAGCUUUAGGUAUAUGCCUCCCCCCCAACCCCUCUUCCACCGCAGUGCCCGAUAGCUACAUCAUCAGAGUGUCCAGAACCAAUAAGUCAGAGACAUCAGUGAUAGGAAAGUUGUUACUUUAUCAUAGUUACAUUUGUAACAGAGUUUAACUGUUGUUAUUAUGGAAUGAAGCAAUUAUUCCUGGAAGUUUAUUACAUGGUUGUUUAUGAUGAAGAACAGGUGCACACCUGUUAGUGAGAUCCUUGUCAGUAAAUAUAUUCCCAGUUAGCAUGUUAUCUUAUGAGCAUUAAGCUGUUCAAAUUUGUUAAAAUUCAAGUUGCAUAUGAUGUAUGGGACAGGCCAGGGUAAAGACAACGGAGCUGGCAGAAUGUACAUGUACUGGCCCACAUGAAGAAGACUGUAUCAGUACUUCGAAUGUCCUGUAGACGACACUAGUAUGUAUGAAGGGAGCAGGCCAAAGGACUUCCAGCGGCUUGUGAGUCCAUGGUGACAAUAACCAGGUGGCAAUGAUUUGAGCUGUCUAGCAUUCAUUGAAUACCACUGGCCUUUGACCACUAUGGUGUGCACAGGUUGGUGAUUUACAGUGAUUUGUCUCCGGCUAUACUGGUACAGUCCACGUAUGUGUAGUAUAGAAAACUGGAUUGUUAUUUUAGGUCCUCCUAGAAAAUGAAGUUUAUAAGGAAAGAACUGAAUGCAGAUGGCUGCAUGUAAGAAUGCUGAGGUGGGUGGAAAAUUGCUAGUUUUUCAGGAGAUUAUGUAACUGACAAGUAAGUUUACUAUGUGGAUGUACACAUGUAGGCAUGACCCGGGGGAAUGAAAGACCGCUACUUUGCCAGCAAGCCUGUCAGAUCAGGCUGUGUUCAGUGAUCAUUGCGUAACCAUGUGACACUGUCCUGGGGAAGUAACAGUCUAGCAUUCCUUAAACAUCUGUAAUAAAAUACUGUAUACUUUG